AUGAACCUAUGCUAUAAUAUUAACGAUGCUAAUAUUGCAGAAUUUAAACAUUUAUUUCUUUAUAAAUCAUUGAUCGAUGAACUUGCAAAUUGUCUUAAUGAGAUUGGUACAUAUGGCAAACAUUUAAAUGAUCCUUCAUUUCUCCGCUCGGUCAGCUCCCUGUUAACAGUAUUUAAGAAUUUUCUGAGAAACCAUAUCAUAGCGAACGAUUAUUCUCUGAUUGCACCAAUAUUUUUUGCUGUUGUUCAAUGUUUAUGCUCUUCGUAUGCUAUUGACAUGAUCAAAAGUUUGGAGCACAAUUUUGUUCAGAAACUUGAUGAUGGUCAACUGCUAUUUCUUCAUAUAAUGCCAUGGUAUUUACAGUGGUAUCCUGAUUAUCGUGAUCCUGAAAAUUUAAUCAAGAUUUUACGAAUAUUACUAAAUGAAUUCACUGUAUGGAUGACAAGUUGUCAUCCAGACUCUUAUCUUCAAUGCACUUGUCAGUUUGGUGCUAUGAUCCGCCAUCUAAAUUAUUUUCUCGUCCGUCCAAUCGAACCAGAUAAUUUUAUUCGUUUUUAUAGUGACUUACCUAAUUGUAUCACUCAAUGGACUCAUGAUCAUGUCAAAUUAUUUCUUCUACGAAUCGGACUUGGUAAUACUAUUCUUCCUCUUUGUACACGUGUCGAUGGUCAUCGUUUUCGACAACUCUAUGAAAUGUGUCUUAUUAAUCCUGAAUCAAUGUAUCAAUCGCUAAAAUUCGAACUGAACGAAAAACAUCACACAUUACUACCAAUUGCUGAUUAUCUAAGUUUUCUUCACGAGAUCAAACUGUAUGUUCCAUUAACUUCGACAAAUGUGAAAGUUUCACAAUCUUCUUCUCUUGAUUCUGCUGCGCUGUGCAAUAUUAUGUAG